UAGUUUUUUCUUGUAUGAUCUGAAAGUAAUAAUGUAAAGCUGUACAAACUAGCUAGAGACUCCCUUUUAUGACUUCUCUCCCUCUUUUGUUUUUCCUUGCAGACUCAGAAAAGGGAUAUGGAGAGUUUCAUUUUCUUGUCAACUUUAAUGUUCUGGUUAUUUUCAAGUUCAAGCCUUUCUACUGCUGAUACUGAUCAGAUUAUUGGAUUGCUAUGUUCAGGUUCUGAUAAUGUUACUCUGGAAAACCAACAAUACCAAAUCAACCUCAACAGCCUGUUCAAUUCGCUUGCCAGAAAUGGGCCUAUUCAAAAUGGUUUCUACACAGCCACAGCUGGUAAAGGUGAUGACAGGAUUUAUGGCCUUGCUGGAUGCAGAGGUGAUAUUUCUGUUGCAGACUGCUCAACUUGCAUCAACAAUUCUACUGCCAAUCGUGGCUGCUUGACAAGCAAGAACGUUACUAUAUGGCUUCGAUGGUGUUUUCUCCGGUAUUCAAAUGUUAGCUUUUUUGGUGUAUGGGAUCAAUCUGCAAUGGCUUUAGCUAAUGAUACUGAUAUCGACGAUCCGAAUGUAUUUUCUAAAGGGCUUAACUUUAUGAAUCAGCUUGCUUCUAUUGCUCCACUGCAACCAUUUAUGUUUCAAACAGCGAUUUUGGAUGUUGGUCAAAGUGGGAAGAGAUAUGGAAUGGCUCAGUGCAGUAGAGAUAUUAGCAGAAGUGAUUGUGGAAGAUGUUUUGAUUAUCUAUUGAUGACAUUUAGAACCACAAUUGGAAAUAAAAGAGGAUGGGAGAUUUAUGGGACUAGUUGUAGCUUGUGGUAUCAUGAUUUCCAGUUCUAUUUCAACUACUCAAUUCCUUUAAAUGAAGGUGCUGUUAAAUUUUCACCUCCAGGAGUUGCAAUUGGCAUGAUUAUUACAGUGGUAGUGUGCCUGUCAGUUCUCUAGCCGUUGAAGUUGAAUGGGUUGGUUUUGUUUCGUCAGCUAUUUGCAAAUGUAAAUUCUCCAUUUUCUAUUAUAUUGAUUUCAUUUUCCAUUUUUUGUCUGUUAAAGGGAAUUUGUCAAAUAUAUUUAUUGUAAAGAACUGAAGAUAAGUUUGUAGCUGAGGUAAACUUUGUUAAUUGAGAAUUGUUGAUAGUGAAA